AUGGCCACGGGCGGGGUGUAUCCCAUGGACAUGCAGCAUCAGCACUUGCCUGAACAACCUGCAACGCCCACCAAAGGGGCCGCCUUUGGUACCGAAUUCUUUAAACUCUUUGGCGGCGGCGGCGGAGGCGGCGGCGGAGGUGGUGGAGGCGGCCAAAAGAAAGUCACUCGAGAUGGCCAACCGCCAAAACGCCGCGGCCCAAAGCCCGACAGUAAACCGGCCUUGACCCGUCGACAAGAACUGAAUCGCCAAGCGCAGAGAACCCAUCGUGAACGAAAGGAACAAUAUAUGCGAGCACUCGAGACCGAGGUGUCGCGACUGCGAGAGGCAUACACCAAUGAAAUCUCCGAUGCGAACGUCACGGUCCAGCAGCAUAAGGAAAUGCUGCAAACGGUGCGGAGUGAGAAUGAGAUGUUGAAGGAAAUCUUGGUCGCGCAUGGAAUAAAUUACGAACCCGAAUUGGAACAGCGUCAAGCCGAGCGUGGCCCCAUGGGCGGAUUCCAAUCCAGCCCCGUCGCAGCCAGCAGCACUGGAUCCAACACAGCGGGAUUCGCCAACUCGACCACUCACCACAAUACAACACCCGCCACAUCAAUUUCAACGGGGUUGAGUCCUCGAGCGACCGGCGCAUCCGAGCACCCCGACGUAUCACCAGCGCUUGCCUUUCCGCUUCAGCAACAAGUGUAUAAUCACACUGGUCCGGGUGAGAUUAUGGGGGCUUUGGAUCGAUCCGCUUGCCAGCUGGGCGACUCGCCAGUCCCCACGAUGCGCGGCGUCUUUGAAACCGACCCACAACUUCAGAUUGACUUUAUCUUAACGUAUGCCAUCCUUCCUCCAUUCAUCACCUGCCCGAACCCACUCCCCACUAACCAUUGCAACAGACUCGAAGGGCCAUGCCGCGAGCAUACUGACUAUCUCUGUCGUCGCUCCAUCACCGAAGCGGAUGACGAAGAUAUGCCAUUUUCCGGUCAUGCACUGAUGGCUACAUGCCCGCCACCCAGUUACAUCGCGAAUACCACCGCAGAGCAAGCAUAUCCACACAAGACAUAUGAUCUCCCUCUCGCCAACCUCUCCACCCUCUUGAAUCUCAGUCGCCAGCUCGUCACAGAUGGCCAGAUCACGCCUAUCAUGGCCCUCCAAUGUCUCAAGAACCACGAACUAUAUCCUACCCUCGGCCGGGCUGAUGUCAAAAUCAUCAUUGAGACCCUGAAUACCAAAGUCCGCUGCUAUGGUUUCGGCGCAGUCGUCGAAGACUUCGAGCUCAUGGAUUGCCUCAGCAGCGUGCUAGGUACCAAGGUUGAAGCUCGCGUGCAGCGCGUUCGAGAUGACUCGAUAUACGCUUAA